ACUUCCACACAAUGACACUGUUCCUCCGAUUCUGCCUCGUUGGUACAUGGAAUCGCAACAAUUGGAAACGGAGAGAAAGAUUCCGACUUUUCACGACCCAUUUGCAAGCUUCGGAGCCCCGAGUGGGUCACGUGAUCUCCCCCAACAUCUCCAUCGCCCAACGCUUCAAAGCCGGUAAACUCGAAGAAGCGCGCCAACUGUUCGACGAAAUGCCUCAGCGAACAGUUUCUUCUUGGAACACCGUCAUUUCUGGUUACUCCCAAUGGGGGAGAUACGCUGAGGCUCUUACCCUCGUUUCCUUCAUGCACCGCUCUUGUGUCAAGCUCAACGAAGUUUCUAUCUCCGCGGUGUUGAGCGCGUGUGCUCGUUAUGGGUCCUUGCUUCUUGGAAAGCAGGUUCAUUCCCUGCUUUUGAAAUCUGGCUAUGAGAGGUUUGGCCCUGUGGGGAGUGCUUUGUUGUAUUUUUGUGUGCAUUGCUGUGGAAUUGGAGAAGCUGAGGUGGUUUUUGAGGAGUUGCGUGAUGGGAACCAAGUGUUGUGGAGUUUGAUGCUUGCGGGUUAUGUGCAUCAUAACAUGAUGGGUGAAGCUAUGGACAUGUUUGUAAAAAUGCCUGCACGGGAUGUUGUGGCUUGGACUACGUUGAUCUCUGCGUAUGCAAAGAGGGAAGAUGGGUGUGAGAGGGCUUUGGAUUUGUUUGGGUGUAUGAGGAGGAGUUCUAAUGUGUUGCCUAAUGAGUUCACUUUGGAUUGUGUUAUAAGGGUUUGUGCUAGACUUCGGGUUGUGUGUUCGGGGAAGGUUGUUCAUGGGCUUUGCAUUAAGUGUGGGUUUGAUUUUGAUAACUCAAUUGGUGGUGCACUUACUGAGUUUUAUUGUAUUUGUGAAGCCAUAGACGAUGCUAAGCGAGUUUAUGAGGGCAUGGGCGGAGAAGCUUCUUUGAAUGUUGCUAACUCAUUGAUUGGGGGCCUUAUCUUGACAGGAAGGAUUGAAGAGGCUGAGCUCAUCUUUUAUGAAUUGAGAGAGACGAAUUCCGUCUCAUAUAAUUUGAUGAUUAAAGGUCAUGCAAUGAUUGGCAACUUUGAAAAAUCAAAAAUAUUAUUUGAGAAAAUGAAUCCCAAGAAUUUAACCUCCUUAAAUACUAUGAUUUCUGUAUAUUCCAAAUAUGGUGAACUUGAUGAAGCUGUGAAGCUUUUCGACAAAAUUAAAGGGGAAAGAAACUAUGUCACUUGGAAUUCAAUGAUGUCGGGUUAUGUUAAUAAUGGUCAACACCACGAGGCAUUUAAAUUGUACGUGAUUAUGCGUAGAUUAUCAGUUGACUAUAGCAGAUCAACUUUCUCUGUUCUAUUCCGCGCUUGCUCUUGUCUUUGUUCAUUUCAACAAGGACAAUUACUUCAUGCUCACUUAAUCAAAACACCAUUCCAAGCAAAUGUCUAUGUUGGCACUGCUCUUGUAGACUUCUAUUCCAAAUGUGGCCGUCUGGCUGAUGCUCAAAGGUCUUUCAAUGGCAUUUUUUCACCCAAUGUAGCAGCAUGGACAGCUCUUAUAAAUGGGUAUGCAUAUCAUGGACUGGGAUUUGAGGCAAUUUUACUCUUUCGCUCAAUGUUAUUGCAAGGAGUUGUUCCAAAUGCAGCUACUUUUGUUGGAAUUCUUUCUGCGUGUAGUCACACAGGUCUAGUAGGUGAAGGUUUGAGAAUUUUCCACUCAAUGCAAAGAUACUACAAGGUAACCCCAACAAUAGAACAUUACACGUGUGUGGUGGAUCUUCUUGGUCGAUCAGGCCAUGUGAAAGAAGCUGAAGAGUUUAUCUUACAAAUGCCUAUCAAAGCAGAUGGGGUAAUUUGGGGAGCUUUGCUUAAUGCUUCUUGUUUUUGGAAGGACAUGGAAGUGGGGGAGAGAGCUGCUCAGAAGUUGUUCACUUUGGAUCCCAACCCAAUAUCUGCUUUUGUUAUUCUGUCCAACAUGUAUGCCAUCCUAGGUAGAUGGGGGCAGAAGACUAAACUUAGGAAGAGAUUGCAGUGUUUGCAAUUGAGAAAAGAUCCAGGGUGCAGCUGGAUAGAAUUGAACAAUGAUUUUCAUCUGUUCUCUGUAGAAGAUAAAACCCAUCCGUAUUCUGAUAUUAUUUACACAACUAUUGAGCAUAUAACAGCGACCAUUAACUCUAUUAUACCCUUCAAUUAUCUCUAUAGCAGCAAUAGUGCAUAGCAUUU